UAGACAUUCCCAGCGUCUCUAUGAAUUCUAUAGUUUACUACAAUUCUAAAAAUAACACAGAAGUUGUAGCCAACCAUGGAUUUUUCUCUCCUCACAGAGCCCUUGGCGUCCAAAUCGUACGAAAAGAUCGCUGAUAUCUGCGACAACCUCUUGCUUCAGGCUGCGGCAGAGGGCGUUGCUUAUCAGGACCAAUGGCCCUACGCCAUUCAUCUUCUGGGCCAUAUUUACGCUGAUGAUAUAAACAGUGCGCGGUUUCUCUGGAAAUCAAUACCUUCUGCAAUUAAGGAGAGCCAACCCGAAUUGGUUGCGGCCUGGAAAAUUGGUCAGAAGCUAUGGACACGGGACUACGGGGCUGUGUAUGAGGCUAUUCAUGGUUUUGAUUGGAGUCAAGAAAUUCAAGGUCUUGUUGCUGCAUUCUCAGAGCUUUACACAAAGAGGAUGUUCCAGCUGCUGCUUUCUGCUUAUUCUACAAUAAGCAUCCAAGAUACUGCUCUCUUUCUGGGAAUGAAUGAGGAUGAUGCCACUAAUUAUGUACUACGGCGAGGUUGGGUUGUGGACCCUGCUUCUCGAAUGCUUACGGUGAAGAAGCAGACUAUUGUGACGGAGCAGAAACUGGAUGCCACCAAAUUGCAGCGAUUGACAGAAUAUGUCUUCCACCUUGAGCAUUAAUCCAGUUUGGUUACCAUUGCUGCAUACUUGAAACUGGUAUUUGUUUGCCCCCGGGGCCAAAAACGAGACAUAAUUAACAGACAGAACAAUAUGAUAUGUCUUGGGGAAAAAUAUUGGAGGCGAGUGACAUGGUUCAUUGGAUUUUCAAUCAGAUAAAUAGUGGUAGAUUUUUACGUUAUGUAUGUUAUCACUCUAAAAGGAUUAGUUAAAGUUGCAAUUGUAGUGUGUUUUUUUUUUUCAA